AUGCAAUUCUCCACCAUCGUCCUCAGCGUCGUCGCUCUCUUCGGCUCCAUGGCCUUCGCCGCCCCCACUGAGAAGAUCCUUGAAACCCGCAGCUCCUGCCAGGUCGGGGACAUCUUUGACGCUGGUGAUGCCGCUUGCAGUGCAUCUUGCCUUAAAAACGGAACCUACCACGGCGGUUACUGCAAUGAGAAAAAGGUCUGCAUUUGCACUCACUAG